AUGUCGCGAAUCCCUAUUCCCGUACGUCAAGAGGAUUCAUCUCUAAGCCCCUUGCAAAACUCAACCAAUUUACCACGUUCCACCUCGGUGUCCAACAUGAGCUCCACCAGCAGCUUCCGCGAUGCCACCGAUACGCGCAAACGUCAGUCCAAGCGAGACGAGGCGAUUCGCAAAAAGAUCGAAGGCGAGCUCCAGCGCAAAUCGGGCAAGCCUUCCACCCCCAUGUCGUCUCGCCGAACCAAGCGCACCGCUCGUCCGCCUGCUGCUGCCGCCGGUACCGUUUCUGCGCUUCGUCCUCUGCCCGCGCUCACCGUGCCCCAGUCAAUCAGCGUUGCCGAUGCCAGUCAGCUGUGUGCCGCCAAGCGCACCGACUGCGUGCUCGUUGUCGAUGAAGAUGAGCACCUCGCUGGUAUUUUUACCGCCAAGGAUCUAGCCUUUCGUGUUGUCUCUGCUGGUCUCGACGCACGAAACACGCCCGUAUCCGCCAUCAUGACCCGAUCGCCCAUGGUCACGCGUGACACCACCUCGGCUACCGAAGCGCUCAACACCAUGGUCACACGCGGCUUCCGUCAUCUUCCUGUCUGCAAUGAGGACGGCGACGUCGUCGGUCUGCUCGACAUUGCCAAGGUGUUUUACGAAGCUCUCGAGAAGCUCGAGCGUGCGCACGGCUCGUCGCAGAAGCUCUACAAUGCGCUCGAAGGCGUUCAAAGCGAGUGGGGUGGCUCGGCCGGUCCUCAGCAGGCCAUGCUGCAGUACAUUGAAGCUUUGCGACAAAAGAUGAGCAUCCCGGACCUGACCACGAUCCUCGACUCGCGAACGCUUCCAUGCUGCGUCGGCGUCCGAACCACCGUGCGCGAAGCUGCGCGUCUGAUGAAGGAGCAUCACACUACCGCCGUCUGCGUCAUGGAGUCCACCGGCAGUGGUCCCGGCACCGGCCAGAUCGGCGGCGGAGGUGCCGUCUCUGGCAAGAUCGCUGGUAUUUUUACGUCGAAAGACGUUGUACUGCGAGUCAUCGCUGCCGGUCUGGAUCCCAAAACGUGCUCCGUGGUGCGUGUCAUGACCCCGCAUCCGGACACUGCGCCUCCUUCGCUGACCAUCCAGGAAGCGCUUCGAAAGAUGCACGACGGACGGUACCUCAACUUGCCCGUUGUUGACGUUGACAGCCGCCUCGUUGGCGUCGUCGAUGUGCUCAAGCUCACUUAUGCUACACUCGAACAGAUCAACAGCAUGAAUGACGAACAGGCGGGCGGCGACGGUGCUGCCGGAGGUCCCAUGUGGAACCGAUUUUGGAACUCUUUCGGCCAGACCAACUCGAUCGCCGGUGACGACGAGUCGGCGGUCUCCGGAAGCAUGCGUCAAUCCGAAAGCCAGUUUGAACCUGCCACGCCCAGCAAAGUGGGUGGCGGCAUUGCCGAUAUCUCAUCGGAUCUGCAUCCGAACGACUCGGCGAGCGCUGUGGGUCAUCACAUCAACGGUGAUGAUGGAGCCAGUGCGAUUGGUCUGCCCUCUUCCGCCGCUGUUGAGGCUGAUGACGGUACUUAUCUGUUCAAAUUCGUCACUCCGUCUGGUAGGACCCACCGAUUCCAAGCUCGGUACGAUAGCUACGAGACGAUCCGCGAGAUUGUGUGUAUCAAGUUGGGGGGCGAUCCGUUCUUUGAGCCGGCGGCUGCGGUGUCUAGUGCGCCCGCGUGCGAUGUCGGUGAGAUGAACGGCGAUGCUCAAUCGUCCUCUGCGGUAGCUAGUGCGGUGGGUGAAGUUCCCGAUCCGAAUGACUUCCAGUUGGCGUACACAGACGAUGAAGACGAUGUGGUGCUGAUUACUGCAGAUGGUGAUGUGCAGGAUAGCGUAAAGGUUGCGCGCAAACAAGGACGCGAUCGCGUGGUGCUGCUGCUACAAGGUGGACGAGGGUGGGAAGAUGCUGCUGCACGAUCGGUUGCUUCGACAAUGUCGGCGGGUUUGGCGGCGCGCAAACGUCAGCAGGCAAAGGAAAACGCCGAAGUGCAACUGCAGAGUGUGGCGGAAGAGGAGGAGAGAGAAAAUGCUGUCGACGAGCAGGCUGACGUCAGGCGAAAAUCCAAGAAGCACACCAAGCCAUCGGCAGACGACGAGCUCCUGUUUGGCGUAUUGCCCAAAGACCUCGCCUUGCCAGCCGCGAUCGGUUUCUUGGGUGUCGCUGUCCUUGCCGCCGUCGCCAUCACAAAGAGCGGCGCUAGUGCUCGUUGA